AUGAAUAUCACUGAAAUUAUGUGUCUCCGGUCAGCACUCGUCUUCCUCAUUCUAUCGAUCGUUGUGAUCGACCACCUUCCCCUUGCAAGUGCAGGUCAGUGGUGUGUGGUAUCUCCAUCAGCGACAGAUGCACAAAUGCAAGCUAAUAUUGAUUGGUUGUGUGGCCAUGGACAUGUUGACUGUAUACCAAUCAAACCGGGCGUCCAAGUGGUAAAGGCUCACAGUUGUGAGUUUCGCCAUCUGGGUUCGAAAUCCAAUCACUGGAGGAUUUACAUGCGGACUCUCCAGCGCCCGAAACUGAAGAUCGUGCUCACCUAA